AUGGAUCAGUGUGAGGACAGAGAGGAGGGAGUCCCUCCCUCUAAAACCACUCUGUGUGGGGAACAUGAGAGCCAGACCAAAGCUCAGAGGAACCCACCUGGACCUCCACCCAGCUCUGUGUCCUCAAAGAGUGACCGGUCUAAAGGUGAACCCAUUGAAUUCCAAGUCCAUCCUGUGUCUGCUGCAGAGAGAGAGAGGAAAGGGAGUGGUGAGGAGGAGCAGCUUUCUUGCUGUGCUUUGUGUCAGGACGUCCUGAAGGAUCCAGUCUCUACCAGCUGUGGACACUGGUUCUGCAGACAAUGCAUUUCAUCAUACUGGGACCAGUCUGCUUCAUCAGGAGACUCCUCCUGUCCCCAGUGUGGAGAAAGAUCCAGAACCAGAGCUGGACUACAGACAGCCAGUCAGAGCAUCUGUGUACAAACAGAUGUUGGUCUGCAGGAGGUUUUAGAUGAACAUAAGAUCAGUCUGAGGGGGAGAUGUGAAUGUGUGACUGAAGGAAGUGAUGAAACAGGAAGUAAAACCCUCCUCAACAGGAUCUACACUAAGCUCUACAUCACAGAGGGACAAAGUGAAGAGGUUCAUACCCAACAUGAGGUGAGGCAGCUUGAGACAGAAUCCAACAUGGAUACCCUCCAUGACACUCCAAUCAGGUGCCAGGACAUCUUUAAAGCCUUACCUGACCAACAGAGACCCAUCAGAGUGGUUCUGACCAACGGCGUAGCUGGUGUUGGAAAAACCUUCUCAGUGCAGAAGUUCACUCUGGACUGGGCACAGGGCUUGGAGAACCAAAAUGUCAGUGUGGUGAUUCUGCUUUCAUUCAGGGAGCUAAACAUCAUCAGAGAUAAGCAGUACAGUCUUCUGGAGCUGCUCCAUGUUUUCCAUCCAACAUUACAGAAGGUCACAGCAGAGAAGCUCGCUGUCUCUCAACUUUUGUUCAUCUUUGACGGCCUGGAUGAAAGCAGAAUUUCAUUGGAUUUCACCAACAGGAAGCUGCUGUCUGAUGUCACACAGAAGUCAUCAGUCAGCCAGCUGCUGACAAACCUCAUCCAGGGGAAUCUGCUUCCCUCAGCUCUCGUCUGGAUAACUUCCCGACCUGCAGCAGCCAAUCAGAUCCCUCCUACAUGUGUUGACAGGCUAACAGAAGUACGAGGCUUCACUGACGCCCAGAAGGAGGAGUACUUCAGGAGGAGAUUCAGUGAUGAAGAGCUGUCCAGCAGAAUCAUCUCCCACAUGAAGACAUCCAGGAGCCUCCACAUCAUGUGUAGUAUCCCAGUCUUCUGCUGGAUCACUGCUACAGUUCUGGAGCACAUGUUGACUACAGAGCAGAGAGGAGAGCUGCCCAAGACCCUGACUGACAUGUACUCACACUUCCUGCUGGUUCAGACAAAGAGGAAGAAGAACAAGUACCAUGAGGGACAUGGGAUGAGUCCACAGGAGCUGAUGGAGGCUGACAGGGAAGUUCUUCUGAAGCUGGGGAGGCUGGCGUUUGAACAUCUGGAGAAAGGAAACAUUAUGUUCUACCAAGAAGACCUGGAGCAGUGUGGUCUGGAUGUCACAGAGGCCUCGGUGUACUCAGGAGUUUGUACAGAGAUCUUCAAAGGAGAGUGUGUGAUCUUCCAGAAACCAGUCUACUGCUUUGUUCAUCUGAGCAUUCAGGAGUUUCUGGCUGCAGUCUACAUGUUCCACUGUUACACCAACAGGAAGACUGAGAAAGCAAUGGAGAAGUCACUGAAAAGUAAAAAUGGCCACCUGGACCUGUUUGUUCGCUUCCUUCAUGGCCUCUGUCUGGAGUCUAACCAGAGACUCUUAGGAGGUCUGCUGGGUCAGACAGAGAUCAGUCCAGAAAUCAUCCAGAGAGUCAUCAACAACCUGAAGGAAAUGAACAGUGAUGAAAUCUCUCCUGAUAGAAGCAUCAACAUCUUCCACUGUCUGAUGGAGAUCAACGACCUCUCAUUAUUUCAGGAGAUCCAAGAAUUCCUGAAGUCGGAGAACAGAUCAAAAAAAGCAGUCUCUGAGAUCCAGUGCUCAGCUCUGGCCUUCAUGCUGCAGAUGUCAGAGGAGGUUCUGGAUGAGUUGGACCUGCAGAAGUACAACACAUCAUUGGAGGGCAGAUAUAGACUCAUUCCAGCUGUGAGGAACUGCAGAAAAGCUAGGUUGAAAGCGUGUGAACUUUCUAUGACUCACUGUAAAGUCCUGGCCUCAGUUCUGAGGUCUAACCCCUGCUAUCUGACAGAGCUGGACUUGAGUGAAAAUGACCUAUGGGAUUCAGCUGUGGAGUGUCUCUCUGAUGGACUGAAGAGUCCACACUGUCACCUGGAGACUCUGAGAUUGGAGAGCUGCAGAUUGUCAGAGAAAAGCUGUGAUUAUCUGGCUUCAGCACUGAAAUCCAGCCUCUCCCAUAUGAAAAAUCUUGACCUGAGUUACAACAAUUUGCAGGAUUUGGGAGUGAAGCAGCUCUCUGGUUUUCUGAAAAGUCUACACUGUAGACUGGAGAUUCUGAGAUUAAGACAUUGCAAUUUGUCAGAGAUCAGCUGUCAUUAUCUACUCUCAGCUCUGAAGUCUAAUCCCUUCCAUCUGAAACAACUGGACCUGACUAACAACAACCUACAUGAUUCGGGAGUGAAGCAGCUGUGUCAAUUUCUGGAGAGUCCAGACUGCAGAUUUGAGACUCUGAGUUUGUCAAGCUGCAGUUUUUCAGCGAUCAGCUGUGAAUAUUUAGUCUCAGCACUGAAGUCCAACCCCUCCCAUCUGAGAGAGCUGGUUCUGUGGGGAAACAUGCUGCAGUAUCCAGAUGUGAAGCAGUUGUGUGACAUUAGGGAGAGUCCAGACUACAGACUGGAGACUCUGAGGUGGAGCUGAUGAUGGUAAACAGGA